CCACUCACCGAGAAUGACGGCUGUCAAGCGACUUUUCUUCAGUGCUCUUAACCUUUUAGGUGGUAUUUGUAUACUUAUUGGCGUUGGAACGCCAGCAUGGUUAACGGAUGAUGGAGGCAGCGUUGGAAUCGUUCCGUUUUACUCGACUGAAGUUGGAUGGUUCGCCGCUGCCAGUUGGAUGAUGUUCAUUUCCCUUUCUCUGGCAGUUGUAGUCUCGUUGUUUACUGCAAUGUUAUUCCGCGAUGUCAGAAGACAUGGAUAUUCUUACACUCAACGCUCAAGAUUCUUCCUUCUUGCAAUGUUCGCACUGAUGGUUACUAUUUUAACAGUUGUUGCCGUGAUUUUGAUUGGAGUCAACUUGCCAUCUUUUAACGAUUAUUGGUACGAUGAUGCAACACUGGGAUAUUCUGCAUGGGUCAGUGUUGCUGGUGCAGUUUGCUUUUUUGUGGAAUCUGGAUUAGCUCUUAGUUUUGCAUUUGUGGAGUGCAAUUGCUAUUGAGAAACCGUAACAAUUACUCGUUUAUUAAAUUCUUAUUAUUACUGUUGAUAUGUUCAAAAAAUUUUGUAAUAAAUUUUGUAUUGUGA